UCCAAGAGACCCUGACCUCCCGACUGCCCCUUUCUUGAUUUCGCCGAUCGACUUACCUGUGAGGAAGACUGGGAUAGAAAUGAAGAAUCCGCCCACUGCACACACGCGAGUGAUGGAAGAUUUUUGCAGGAGAGCAGUCGCGUCUUUGACCCAGCAAACGAUCUGCCGUAAACAGUUACUCUCCGGGACUUCUGAUUGGUCCGCCGUCAGUCGUAGAACAGCUCAGCCAAACCAGUACAAGUUCAAGGAACUUGUUGCAAAAAAGUUCAAUGCCGAACCUGAUCAGUUAUGUUUAAUCUUUGCUGGGAAAAUUAUGAAAGAUCAUGAAACUCUACAGACUCAUAAUAUUAAGGAUGGAUUGACCGUGCAUCUCGUGAUCAAGACGAGUUCUCGAACAUCCAAUGAGCAGACAGGUUCAGGCCCACAACCGAGAGCUCCAGCGGACAUUGGCGCAACACCCUUUGGCCUUGGCUCGCUUGGUGGUCUGGCAGGUUUGGAGAGUCUUGGAAUGGGUUCUGCCAACUUUAUGGAACUGCAGCAGCGCAUGCAGAGAGAACUGCUAGGAAACCCCGACAUGAUGCGACAGAUACUGGACAAUCCUUUGGUACAGCGACUCAUGAAUGACCCUGAAAAUAUGCGAAACCUCAUCACAUCUAAUCCACAGAUGCAAGAACUUAUGGAGAGAAACCCUGAGAUAAGCCACAUGCUGAACAACCCAGAUAUUCUGCGACAGACUAUGGAGUUGGCUCGGAACCCUUCCAUGUUACAAGAGUUGAUGAGAAAUCAUGAUCGUGCCAUUUCCAAUUUGGAAUCUAUUCCUGGUGGUUACAAUGCUCUUCAGCGGAUGUACAGAGAUAUUCAGGAACCGAUGUUAAGCGCAGCUAGCGAGCAGUUUGGAAGAAACCCAUUUGCAGGAUUGGUGGAGAACAAUAGUGGCAGUAAUGAUGGUACAAAUCCGCAGCAAGGGCAAGAAAACCGCGACCCGCUUCCAAAUCCUUGGUCGGCUGCCGGCGGAGAAACCGGCGGGACAGCUGCCAGAAGUGCUAGUACGCGCCCGUCUGGGCUCCUCAACUCUCCUGGGAUGCAGAGCCUCAUGCAACAGAUGAUGGAAAACCCACAGCUGAUGCAGAAUAUGCUCUCUGCCCCAUACACACAGUCGAUGCUUCAAGCAUUUGCUUCGGAUCCACACAUGGCUGCCCAAAUUGUGAACAGCAAUCCCCUGUUUGCUGAUAACCCGGCUUUGCAGGAGCAAAUUCGGUUGAUGCUGCCCAACUUCCUGCAGCAAUUGCAGAAUCCUGAGGUGCAUAAUCUGAUGGCCAAUCCACAGGCUUUAGGAGCGCUGAUGCAAAUUCAGCAAGGAGUGGAGCAGUUGCGCAAUGUGGCUCCUGGAUUGGUAAAUAGUAUGGGACUUGGGCCUUUGCCUCCUUUUGGUGGGGGCACAGGAGGGGGAUCAGGUACAACCCCAGCUUCUCCGGUGGCACCGGCAACACCAAACACUACGCAAGCCUCAGAUGCACCAGCUAGUCCUGGUAACGAGACUACGGCGCCUUCUACACCCACGACCGCCGCCGCCGCCACACCAGGCACGGGAGCCGCUCCCUCGCAGACCACCCCGAGUCCACAGCAGGAUGUGUUCUCCCAGUUCAUGGCCAGAAUGAUUUCCAGCAUGUCUGCUCAGAGCGGGGCUAACAGCCAACCUCCUGAAGAAAGAUACCACGCUCAGUUGGAGCAGCUUACGGCAAUGGGAUUUGUAAACAGAGACGCAAACCUUCAAGCGCUGAUCGCUACAUUUGGCGACAUCAACGCUGCCGUUGAAAGGCUACUGCAAAGCAGACAGAUGUCGCAAAGCUAACAGCACUCCCUUAUUAAUCAAAGUACUGUUUCCAUUGAUUUAUGUAUAUUAAUUAUUUGGGCUACUUCACGUUCAGGCUGCAGCUGUAUGUAACGAUAAAUUUGGUUUGGCACAGCAGAAGAAUUGCUUACCCCUCACUUGGAUAAUGACCUGGGUUGCUAUUCGAUAUCAAGAUGUUUGCAUGAAAUUUAUUUAUAACAAGUAAAAGAAGAGAUAUAUUGCAUCCAAGGGUUGCCAGCUGUCAUCCUUUACCCUUCAGUCAGAGAAGUUUUUGUUCGGUGUAGAUCACACUGAUGCCAAUAUAAUAAAAGACCAGUGCUCUUAUAAUUUGCUCGAAUUCUUGAUCAGUUAUGAAGUUAUGUACUUGGAGAAUAUGUUAUGUGUAGUGGCAUAUAAAUAGCUUAUGCUGUCCUACAUGUUGGUCUAAUAAAUGGUUUUAGAAUAAAUAAGGACACUUCAGUCAUGUAUAAUAAAUAAUAUUUAUAUAAACUAAUUGCUUCCUGUUCCGGUGAGACGCGAGACAGACGCUUGGUAACAAGCGAAUAUUCUUUGCGCGAACCUUCAGACUCUUAUAUUACUCGCUGUGUACCACGUUAUUGUUUUCCUGUUACCGAAAGACAACCGUCAUUUAUGCUGUAUUUACGCUUGGUCAUGCGAUCAAAGUGAAAAAAUAAUAUUCCUUCAAACGUUGGUAGAACUGUGGGUUCACAGUGGUGGUGCAUUUAAGAUUCUUGCCAGCCUGUAGCUUUUAUGGUGACAUGAUUGGCGCCCUUUGGUGUAUUUUAUGGCACAUGUAUGACGAUCACUUUUCUUUAGGUUGCAGUAUAAAAUCAUUAAUAAUGAAUAGCGUCUCUUAAGCCAAUGAAUUUCAUCAGAAGCCCGUGCAAAUCCUGCCAUAAAAUUUUCCUAAUAACUUAGUGGGACUGACGACCGUAUUUGCUCAAUUGCAAUUUUAAAUGUCGCUCGUUUUUGUGAAAUACAAGCUUUGUAGCUCCAUGUAGCUUCUCGUUGCAAUUUAUAUUGCAAGUUUUUGUUUCUGUAUAUAUGGUUCUUGACAGGAAAGAAUGUUUGAUAGAUGGAAUAACGCAUGCUUACAAUUACGGGAGUUUCACUGCUGACAGCUUUGUUAAUUGAAACUUGUAGGAUGAACAGGCGUACCGAUAGACACGCCUUUCAAUUGAGUGAAUACGGUAAUUUAAUAAACGUGAAGUGAAUUUUUUUUUUCAUUGUGCCCCUGGGAUACAAUAAGCUCUCCUUUUUUGUUAGAAAAGUCUGUUUUUUUUCAGUUUUAUCUUUUACUAAUGUGCUUAAAAUUACUUUUCUCAAAAUAUAUAGAGUGUCCCAAAAGAGAUGUACACAUUAUAAUACAGAAUAUUAAUCUUGUGUGUAUAUAAAAUGAGAAGAGUUGAGAUGCAGGUUUUGCCUUCCUGUCUACUACAGACCCGAGGAGUUUUAUUUGCUUCUUUCUACACAUUUGCACCCGAUAAGACAUUGUAUAUCCCAGGUAUGGGAGAUUCUGGAAGUAAAUGGAUUGGAUGAAGUUCCAUGCAAUAUCAGAAAGGACAUUGCUCGACAGUAAUCACUUUGUUGUCAGUACAGUUGACUCUGUGACACUGCUGCGGUGAAUCGCACUUUUUGUGUCAGAAAAAGUACACACUGUAUCAUUCACAAAAACAAAUUUCAGCUAGCCCUUGGUAAUGGAUGCGUGUACCUUUUUUUGUUUUGGUUUUCAUGUCUGUAGGUCCUUCAAGGUCUCAGUGUUUUGAAAACAUUAUUCAGUGAACCACUUUUUUGUUUUAAUUACCAUGUAUAAAUACAUUCUAGAAUUGAAGUUAUAUAUUGUAUUUGCAGUGGACUGAGGUACUGUACUGUCCGCUGUAGGCCUAUACCAAAACACUGUGAAAUCUGACAAAUUGUAUGCAACAUAACUUUAUGUUGAUUGAAUGUACCACAGUAGGACACUUUUGUUGGUAAAUAAUAAGGCAAUGUGUUUUUGGGAUUGAA